GAGGAGGAGGAGAGGGGGAGGGCAGGAAGAAAGAAGCAGAGCAGUAUCCUGGGGGCAAGUUUCAACUUUACGAAUUCCAUCAUUGGUGCUGGCAUCAUUGGUAAAGAUGGAGGGAGGGGAGGGAGAGGGAUGUAUAUACUGUGUCAAGAUGAGAGAGAGAAUUAUUAGUGGCAUAAAAACAGCAGCAUUUUUAGCCAUGCUCGCUGUCAGCUGAGAUAUUGUUAAUUAUAAUAAUAUUGGUGAACGAGGGGACCGACCAUCCUAGGCGCUCAGAGUCCUUUUCUUUCAUUUACUGUAUAGCUAUUUGUACGUUUGUAAGAAGUCCAUAGCGUAUGUACUCAAAAUAGUAUGUGUGACAACACUGAAAGUUUGUACCAGUGUUCUCAAUGAUGUGUGUGUAUUUAGAGACAUUUCUGUUGUUGUUCUAAUUAGAGAGCAGCGUGUGUUGCGUUCUAAUUAGAGAGCAGUGUGUGUUGCUAUGCAGGUAUUCCAGCUGCCAUAAGAUUGGCUGGGUUCGUACCUGGAGUGAUCCUCCUCGUGUUGGUUGCCGUGAUAACUGAUUACACCGUGUUACUCCUGAUCAAGAACGGAAUCAUCUCCAACAAGUUUUCCUACCAGGAGAUGAUCACUGAGGCGUUUGGUCGACCUGGGUUCUGGGUUCUUACUAUCACACAACUCCUCUUCCCUUUCUUGCUACUGCAGGAUAUGUUGUAAUAGUAGGAGACACCUUCAGUCGGAUAAUCGAAGAAUUCUUUGUGGUAGCUGGCACAGAGCCACUGGCCUGGGUCAUCAACACAUCAGUCAUAAAGACAGCCACCAUCAUCCUGAUCAUGCUCCCUCUCUCCCUCCUCCGGAACAUCGCCAUGCUGGAGAAGUUUUCGGCCCUGGCAGUGCUGUUUGUUACGGUUAUUGUUUUGUUCACCGUUGCCAAGGCAGCAACUUACUACUGUAGUGUUCGCUGUUUUCUUCCGUCAUGUUGUGAUACUCCGAUCUCCAUUUGGGUCAUCAACACUCACUUCAUUGAGUCUGUGGGGAUCAUGGCCUUUGCCUUUGUCUGCCACCACAAUACAUAUUUGAUAUAUGGUUCUCUAUUGAGGAGAUCGUACACCAGGUUCUCGGCGGUGUCCCACAUGUCUGUCUCCGGGAGUGCCGUCUUCUGCACCGUCCUGGGUCUUGCUGGCUUCCUCUCCUUCAUGAACGCAACCAAAGGUGAUCUUCUCAACAACUAUUGUGUGGACGACUGGGUAGCAACGGUUGCUAGGUUCCUCUAUGCGUGUGUCAUCAUGCUAACAUUCCCCAUCGAGAUUUUCGUCUGCCGUGAGGUUCUGGAGAUUGUGUUGUCACGGUUACCAUACCGGGUGAUAUCGUGGGUUCGUCAGGGGAGGGUUAAACGAGCGUUGAGCCGGUUCCUCUUCUCCCCGCGGCAUUCCUCUCUUCCCCGCCACGUUAUCCUCACCCUCGUCCUCGUCUUGUUCAGUCUGGGGGUGGGGCUUACGACCGACGACCUCAGCAUUGUACUGGGGUUCAAUGGGUGUCUGAUGGCCACUCCAAUGGCGUUCAUCCUCCCAACUGCCUCGUAUCUCCGUCUCACGAGAGGUGGGCGGAGUCACUGGUACUCUAGAGACAGACUCAUCGCCUGGGCCGUCAUGGUGUUUGGAGUCAUCGUCAUGGUGAUUGGCACCGCCCUCUCCAUUGAGCAGGCGGUCCAGAGUUUCUCUCACCGAGGAACGUCUCGCCUGGCCUACUGCCCCGACACAAGCUCCGCCCACCAGUCCCUCUCCACCUGCUGUAGUCUCAUUGAUUCCACUGUCAACCUGACCCUCCACGUUCCCCUCUGUGACUGCUCGUCUUUCUGUCACAACUCGUCCAUUCUCACCUCCCCCGAUCUCUACUGCUAGCCCUAGCAGUUUCCUAAAGUCAUGAUCAUUCAUUUUAUCUUAAUUGUAUAAUUAUAAUUCUCUUUUUUUAAAACCCUUUGGACGCCA